GACAAAUUCUUGGGUGGAGCCGUACCCUUUGACCGAACGCCAAGAGCUGAUUCGUCCAGCCGGGGAUUUUACGCACAUGGGCGGGCCGAAUAACGUGUUGCAACAAUUCGCGGAACCGACGUCCGUUACUCCCUCCCGAUCCCCCUCUCCCAAAGUCCGAGCCCAGAGUUAUCCUAACGAGUUAAAUCGGUCCUGCUGUUGUCACCCCGCUUGUCAAACAUACGCGCGUGGCGGUACUACGUCAGCGAUCUGUCACAGCGUCUGGCCGUUCCCGACGGAGGCAGGCCUUCCGCUUGUUCGCCCCGCAAUGUUUCCCUCUCUAACGCAACCGAGGAGGAGCGGAGAGGACCCGUGAGGACGCGUCACCCCGACGCCAUUUCCUCUCGCCUUUCCGAAACGGGUUAAAGGGGCGGCUGCGACGCGCUCGUUCAACGUCAGAUACGAACGACGACGCGAACGCAUCACGCCGUCGCCGGAGCAAGCUCCUCCGUUCGCCUCCUUCCGAAAGCCCGAGGAUCGUCGCCGUUUCCCGCUUGUUUCUGGGCCAGCAUCGUUCCAGCGACACCGUAUCUUCACGUCGCCCUUCUCCAAGCAAGAGCCGCUUCUCCGAACGUAAAGAGAUGGACACCGCCACACUGCCAAGGUGCCCAGCCCGGCUCCUGCCCGCGCUGCUGCUGCUUUUGCUCCUCUUCGUUUGCUGUCAGUCUCAGCCAACACGGAACCUGUGGGCCGGACCCAUCCCUCCCGGCUCUAGGUUCCGACUCAACUACGACACCGGCAACGCGUUCUACCAGCAGUGGCGCGACAGUGAAGGACGCAUCCAAAGCCGCUACGGAUGGCGCCUUGGCCCGCCGGGGUCCUCGCACGUCUUCUUCUGGCAAGGGUUCGGGGCGGGCGGCGGAGACACCAACGCGCUGCCGACGCCGGAGCCGGAACCCAGCAUUUACCCGGAUCGCUACGUGCCCAGGACACGGCCUUCUGAGCCACCUCGUGAGCUCAAGGACGACGCCGAAGACGAAGGGAACUACCGGAACGCUCUCGACGACUUCGCCGGACCGGGCGGUGUGUCCAGGCCCGGAGGAUUUGUGGGCCUGCCUCUGAACAGGCUCACCCUGGACGUCGGGCCCAUUGGAGUGAACAGGGUGCUUCGUGCGUCUGCCUCGGCACCGACCGCGCAGCGACUUUUUGCGCCUUCUAGGAACUCCGGAAGGUCGUUUCCUAGCUGAGUUCUGGUGAGCUUGUCCCCUGACAGCAGCUGAGACCACUCCCCAUCGACGACUGUUGGUCGGAUAGCGUUUAUGCUUCCCGAUUCGUAGUACUGUUUCGAGUGAUUCUUCAAGGUGCGUACUUGGCCUCGGUGCCGAUAAGACUGCUCGGGAACUCUUAGUUAGUGUUCUUGUUGUUUUGUAAACAAGUUUACCUUCUCAACUGAGGUUUACCGUGCGAGCGUGGAGUCUCUGUCACCAUCGUUGACAGGAAACCGAGGACGCGUGUUAGUCUACAAUGAACGAUAAUGAAUAUGCAAUUUUCAUUUAAUGUAAUUGUGCUCCCAUAGGUCGGCUGAUUCACUGUAAUUCUUUUUUUUUUUAAAUCAAGCUUUAUUACAUUUUGGGAGGGUAAACGCUUAAUACCGGCAUCUAGCGCGAAUCGAGGCAAACUGGCAAAACCAUGAAGGAGAGUCAGAAUGGAAAACAGGAUUUACAGGGUAGAACGGCGUCCUAGAGCUUUUGCUCAGAGGCAGAUAUCAUGCUCCGAGAGGAUUUUAUUCCGAUCACGCGCUCGUUGCGAUACAGAGCACGUAGAGAGAGAUGAAGCAGCUAAGUAAAGGCCUUGAAAUCAAAAUAGUGGUUAGCGGUACACAACAAAAACAACCAGCGUCCCUUUGCGUCUGUUCAAUUUCGUGAUAAAGGAUGAAACCGAAAUGUGAGCCAGCUGGCAAUGUCUUGCUUUGAGCACUGACUGUUCGUGUUUAGGGCUUGCCGAAUGAGAGGAAUGACGAGUGAAAUCUGUGAUGUUUCUACUGUUAAGUCAUCCACGUGUGGUUAGGCAGUUUUGCAACCGGCGAGCUGUCGCCAAUAUGGUUAGCUGCUGGCAAUGUGACAACCCCGAGGAUCUUCAGGAAUCUCAGGGACGCUAAAAGAUGUCAUAAUGCGUGGGUAUGCCACAUUGGCGUGUGAUAUAGCCGUAAAGACGUAUUUUCAUAUCGUGUUUCUGGACCAAGUUGUAUUAAUGAUAAACGUCAUUUGAAUGAGUGUGUUCGUACGAUUAAAACGACUGUUCCUGCUAAA